GACGUUACGUACGCCGCCGUGGCGUGCUGCUGCGAGACAGCAACAUGGAGGCGUCCGCCUGGCAGCUCCCCGGGAGCCCCGCGGAACAGCGGCCGAGCCGCGCCUGAGAGAGCCGGAGCCUCCGCACCGGAGCCCCGCGGCAGAGCCUGCCGGAGCCCCGGUAGUCCCGCCCCGGUAGCCCCGCACCGGAGCGCCGCCGCUCCGCCUGCACCGCGUCCCGGGAGCAUGGCGGAGGGCGCCUGAGCCGCCUGCCUUCCUCCUGCGACCCGCACACCAGGCCGACUCCUAGGAAGAGGAGGCUGCACCAUGUAGGAGCUGUUCCCCAGCGGGACUCCAUACUGGGCUGUGGGGCAGCAUGGAGCCGGAGGGGCCCCCCCCGGCCCCCGGGACCAGCCAGGGGCCUCCACCCUCAGGCUCAGCACAACCCCCCGACACCCCGGCCUUCCUUAACUGCACCUUAGAGUCCUCAGGUUCUCCAGACCCGAGGCUGAUGGAGGAGGAGGAUGAUGAGGGCCUUCGGUCCAGCGCCGAGCCGGGAAGGAGCGCACAGAGGAGGUUCAAGUCCUCAGCCUUUCCUUCCUCCCUGAGCUGGGACUCUGACUCCGAGAGAGAAACGCUGGAUGAGGAGGACCUUCAGAACUUUGCUAACCCUCACGGUCUGGCUGCUCACAGCCCGGGAUCUCCGUCGUCUGGAAUCAGGCUUGAUAGUGAAGAUUACCAAGAACCUGAGAAACCGCAGCGCUUCGGCAGCACGAGGGACACAUGCACCCCGGUGGACGGGCGCAGCGGCGUGGACGACAGCACAAAGACAGAGCAGCCAAAGACGCCUCGGCCCGGCCAGAGAGAACCGGCAGACAGCGACGUCUGGAAUGUAUCAGAGGGAGCUGAGCCAUUUCUGUCCAAAGUAAAACCAAAGGAAGGCUGCCAAAUGGAGGAGGGGGCAGACGGCAGCGAGGGAGAGACCAUGCCUAAGGGGAGGGAAGCCAAGGAGCUGGAGAGAGAUGUUUACACCUUCCCCGGAGACUCGGACCCGGAGAGCCCCCCCCCUGCUCCCUGGGCCCACUGCACUUUCAUCCAGCGGUGCAGGAAGAAGAGGGUGCUGCUCCGGCCCUUCUCUGGACUCGGCACCGCAAAGCGCACAAUAGCUGAGGCCGACGGGUCGGCAAAGCCGAGCCCUCGAAAGUCCCGAAACCCUGAAACGCAAGCCCUGAAUCCAGGGGGAGGGGCGGAGGGGUUUGAAGAGGGAGCGAUGGAGCUGGGAAACAAAGCUGGGAAAGGGGACGGAGAGGAAGACGGAGGUGGGAUGGAGAACACGGAGAUCUUCACCUGCGUGGAGUGCAGCAUUUACUUCAGGAAGCAGGUCCACCUGCAGGAGCACAUGGUCGAGCACUGCCAGGGCGGCGGCGGGGGCGGCAGGCGAUCGGGGAAGGGCGGCCGCUUCCGCUGCGUCGAGUGUGGCUGGAGCCUGCCGAGCCGGGCCGCCCUGGCCGACCACAGCAGGAGCCACCAGGAGUCGCGCCAGAAGAUCCUGGAGGAGAUCGAGAAACUCAACGAGAACGGGAAGGGAAAAGAGACCCGGGCGCCGGACGGCGAAGCGGCUGUUACACAACACCCAGGCCUGGAUCCAGCCAAGAUAUCAGACCCAGACACGGUCACAUCUCCACCUCUAUCCCCAACUUCAGUGUCAAGACCGGACCCAGACCCGGAGGUCGUUGAAUUAAACACGACUCGGACCAACUCGGCUAGAAUCCCAGCGCAGACCCGACUCGUCUCUUCCUAUCGGCGCCGGUUUCUUUGCACCAAGUGCAGCUUCAGCGGAAGGACGUCGCAGGCUCUGGCAAACCACUCCAAGACCCACAACAGGAAGAAGGCCUCGUUCCAGCCCGACCCGGCCGCUCCUGGAUCCCCUCCGAGCCUGGCACCGCUCUCCCUGGCCUGUGGUCACUGUGCCUUCCGGACCGCGAGUCUGACCAAGCUGAGGGAACACCAGGCGCUUGUUCACCUGGAGCAGGUGUCCGUCCCGGGGGAGCAGGGCGGUGAGACGGGGCAGUGUUCAGGGUCCAAGGUGGAUGGACGAGUUUCAAAAACCUCCCCGACCCUCGACGGCCAGCCUGAACCCAGCUCUCCGGCCGACGGAGCUCAAAGCAGAAGCCAGAAGGGAAUCACUGCCUCUGAUGACGGCGCGGCUCCGGACGGUGCUGCCCGGCCCGCCGGCCGUCAAUCCAAUCAAUCCAGUCAAUCCAGCAGGAGAUUCAGCUCGGGAGGGAAGGCCGACCUGGCCAAGCCCGAUCCCCAGACGGGAGGAGACGUGCUCCCUGGGAGACCGGAGGACAAUCAGGAGCUUUCCCAGGAAGAGGCCGACUCUCCUGCGGGAGGGAAGCCCCGCACCAGAGCACAGCCCGGCACCGACGGCUCUUCUCCGCAGCAGAACAGGAAAGGUGUGAAGGAUGAAGACAGGCGUGAUGUGGAGAAGGACGGGAAGGUUUUCUUCCUGAGGAGGAGCAGCCGGGUAACAGCCGUUCACGCUGACAGCAGCGACGAGGAUGAAGACGAGAUUGACGAGGAGAGCCUGCGACGCUUCCUGGCGGAGGCCGCCUCGGACGAGGACAAGGAGGCGCUGGACGAGGACUCCGAGGUGCUGAAGACCGUGGAGAGGAAGUGCCCCUACUGCCCCGACCGGUUUCAUAACGGGAUCGGGCUUGCCAAUCACGUGAGGGGCCACCUGAACCGGGUGGGCGUCAGCUACAACGUACGCCACUUCAUCUCCCCGGAGGAGGUCAACGCCAUCGAGAGGAAGUUCUCUUACCAGAAGAAGAAGAAGAAAGUUGCCAACUUUGACCCAGACACAUUCAGCGUGAUGCACUGUGAGUUCUGCAGCGCCGGCUUCGACACCCGGGCCGGCCUGUCCAGCCAUGCCCGGGCGCACCUCCGCGACUUCGGCAUCACUAACUGGGACGUCACCAUCUCGCCGAUACACAUCCUGAGGGAGCUGUUCUCCAGCCGGCCAGACCUGGCCAUCCCCACGGCUCCCCCCCGGAGUCUCGGCAGCUCUUCGGAGGACGAGGGAGAAAAUGAGGAGGAGAAAAGGUGUGAGGGAGACGAGGAGGAGGAAGAGAUUUUCCGGGUGAAGCUGGAAGGGGAGACGAGCAGAAGGACUGUGAAUUCUACUGAUCCAAAUGCCGUGCCUUCAGCGUUUCGUCAGAGCUGGAAAGAGGAGGAUGGUGUUGAAGACUGUGAAGGCAACAAUGAGGAGGCAUCUGAGGAAGAGGACGAGGAGGAUCUGCAGUUCCCGGCUCUGGACGGUCUGAGCUCUCGUCCUGGGAACAGCGGGAACGCCGGCAGCCUCUCGCCCUCGGAAGAUGCAGACACCAAAGUCCACAACCUGAAGUGUGAGGUGUGUGACACCCCGUUCGAGACCCGGCGGGGCUUGUCCAGCCACGCCCGCUCCCACCUGCGGCAGCUGGGCAUCAGCGCGUCGGAGCGCAGCGGCGCCCCCAUCGACCUCCUCUACCAAAUAGCCAAGGAGCGCAAACCGGACGGCAAAAUAAGCCCGUCUCUCCUGGAGCCGCUGGCGACGAAGUCUCCCCCCCCGAUCACCCCGAAGGAUGAGGAGCCCGACGAGAUGGACAUAGACCAGAAGCCCCUGCUCCCCCUCUCCCUCCUGGCCAAGGCGGCGCCGCUGCGCUCCUCCUCGCCCACGCCCACGUCGUCUCCGGGCGCCUCCCCGGCCCCGUCCCACUCCGGCUCCCCCUCCUCGGUGGUGAAGAAGGCCCCCAUCUCCUCCCUGCUGCCCGUGUCCUCCCCGCUGCGCUCCCUGGAGGCCAAGGCCGGGGGCAUGAAGGGCCUGAGCUCCGGCCUGGGAGCAGCCAAACCGCUGUGGGCGCCGCAGGAGAACGACGCCCCGCUCAACCUCGCGCUGGAGGUGGACCCCAACAAGGACAUCGUGUGCCAGCUGUGCGGCGCCUGGUUCGAGACCCGGAAGGGCCUGUCCAGCCACGCGCGGGCGCACCUGCGCCACUUCGGCGUGGAGUACUCCGAGUCCAAGGGCUCCCCCAUUGACUUGCUGAACCAGCUCAUUGACAACGAGGACUUUAAGCACAAAGCCGGCACGCCGGAGCCGGACGGCCUCUGCGCCGCGCCCCCCGUCACCCCCAAGCCGCCCCUGCUGGCGCUCUCCUCCUCGCCCAACACACUCCUCUACAAGGUGACCGCGGCCGGGGGUGAGUCCACAUCCAAAGCUACCUCUUCCUCUGCCUCGUCUUUACUUGGCCCCCCUGCCAAGCGUCUAAAGACCUCUUCCAUGCAGGUCUUCCGCCUUAGUAGUGGGGAGCUCAUGGCCCUGCCUCACAGCGAACCCCCGAAGGAGAUAGGUUGCGAGUUCUGCGGGGAGUACUUUGAGAACCGUAAAGGCCUCUCCAGCCACGCCCGCUCCCACCUGCGCCAGAUGGGCAUCACCGAGUGGUCGGUCAACGGCUCCCCCAUCGACACGCUGCGGGAGAUCAUCACGCGGCGCGGCCUGCCUUGCGCCCUCCCCCUGAAAGCUCUGAAGACGCCGCCCCCGUCCUCCCCGGGCCCGCCCCGCUCCCCCGUGACGGCCUCCUCGUCCCCCUCGGCCUCCCUCUUCAGCCGCCUGCCCUUCGCCUUCGCCCGCCCCUCCAGCCCCCCCCACUCCCCGGCGUCCAAGUCCCUCCCCACGUCGCCCAACGGCCUGACGCUCAAGCUGAAGCCCGAACCGGUGCAGCUGGAGGUCACCGGCCCGGGGACCGUGGGCCGGUCCGCCGGCUUCUCCUCCGAAACGCUUCAUUCCAGCUGGAGCAGCGCCGACAACGCGUUUCCUCUCAACCUGGCCAGAGGCCACGAAGUGGAGCCCACCAGGGACAUCCGCUGCGAGUUCUGCGGGGAGUACUUUGAGAACCGUAAAGGCCUGUCCAGCCACGCCCGCUCUCACCUGCGGCAGAUGGGCAUCACGGAGUGGUCGGUCAACGGCUCCCCCAUAGACACCCUGAGGGAGGUCAUGCACAAGAGGGGGGUGGGCGGCUCCUCCCGCCCCGACGACGGGGUGAAGAAGGAGGCGGGCCGCGGGACCAGCAGCCCGUCGUGGGAGAAGGCGGGCGGCGCCGGCGGCUCGGAGGGUUUUGGUGUUUCCGGGUACCAGUCCUCCAAAUACCGUAAAUCUCCUCACAGUUUGCUGCAGUCGCCAUCCCGGUUUCAUAAGCAGGGCGUGGGGUCUGUGGACUCCGCGGGUGCCCCACUGGCUGGGAAGUUUUUUAGGAUGUCCCCACUGGCGAAAAGGCCUUUGUCUGAGGAGGCCCAGUCAGUGGAGACCACCCACUCAUCACCACACCGGCUUAAGAGUUUCUCAUCCCUUCCACAGGAGUUCUCCUUCAAAAGAAAACCCUCCCCAGAAAAGCCUGGGAACCGCGACCCCAGUUGUGAGCUGUGUGGUUUCUACUUUGAGAACAGAAAGGCUUUAGCUAGCCACGCGAGAGCCCACCUGAGGCAGUUUGGCGUGACCGAGUGGUGUGUAAACGGAUCGCCCAUCGAGACGCUGAGCGCUUGGAUGCGCAGCAGGCCCCAGAAGGUGCUGGAGAUGCAACGUAGCUACAUGCAGGGUAACCGAUCCAACCUCAAGAAGAAAGCCCCCUCCUCAUCUUCGUCCUCUUCCUCGUGGUCGUCUUCUCUGGCCGUCAGCCUGGUCCGGCCCGUGAGCCGCGAGGCCGGCCGCGGCGCUUCCAAAGCGGCGGAGGAGGACGCCGGUACAAGCUUCCAGGACGGCCCGGCCCGGCCCGGCCACAGCAGCCCCAGCGCGUCGCGGCUCUCCAGAGGCCUCUCGGCCCAGGUGGCUCGCAGCGAGCUCAACGUCCGGCUGCCCAGAGGUUGUGAGCGCCGGCCGUUGAAGCACCCGUCCUGUCCAGACGGGACGGACAGGGACACUCCCAACCCUCCACGCACAGGCACCGUCCCCGCGCUGGUGCCCAAACCCCCCUCCUACCCGCUGGUCAAGCUGGAGGGCAAGUUCUACACCCUGAAGUGCCGGUUUUGUGAGGUGGAGUUUCACGGUCCGUUGUCGGUGCAGGAGGACUGGAUCAGACACCUCCAGCAGCACAUCCUCAAGAUGAACUACAGCAAGCCUGCUGCCCCCAAAGCAGCCCCCGCCGACGCCCCGGCCCCGGCCCCGGCCUCCACCUCUACCUCCAGAACCACCUCCACCCCCACCCGGCCCGCGGCGCCCGAGAGCCCCUUCCCCUCGCCUCCCGCCAAGUGCGCUCCCGCCGCCGAGAGAGUAGCGGUGUCGGAGGAGCAGCCCGCCCUGAUUCCAGCCCCCGUCCCCGUCCCCACCCAGCCCGUGUAAGCUGACGCCCGUCGCCCAACUGUCCCCUCCCGCACCUUUUGGUUUUACUCCCCCGUUCACAUUUGUCCGCCCGUUUCUUUCCCCCCGGCCUUCACCAAGUGUUGUUUAGGAGGAGCGUUCUCCCUCUGAACAGCCCUCGGAGCCCCCAAGCACCUUUUUGAAGCAGCUCCAGACUGUUACUGAACCCCGUUGCCAUGGGAACGCAGCUUCCCCUGGCUCGCCUGUGGAUGGAGGAUGGGUGAUUUAUGGGAACUGUCCAAGGUCACGAGGAGAGAUGAACCAAUGUUUUGUGUUUGCCUUCUUUAUACUGAAUGUUGUUUAUUACUGUACGAGUUACGAGUCCCGUCGACGCGGGAGACGUGGGGGUUCCACGCGGUACCGGUCCAGCUCCAGACCCCGCCGCUCCGCUACGGUCUUCCCCUCCACACGUCUCCUCGCGAAGCUCUCCGCGUUUCUAAGACUUAAACGAUACCGUCUCUGUUCCUGCCAGCGCGCUGGCGGUUUUGGCUUCAGCUUCUCACUUUAAAAAGGUCCUGACUGAGAUUAAAAUGACAUUUCUAAUCAUGCCAGUCUUGUGUUCGAGACUAUAAAUAUGUGGUAACACUUGGUGUUAAGAGGAAAAAAAACAAAAGGCACUUUUAAAGUUGUCAUUCAGCACUUACAGGAAAGCUUAUUUUUCAAGCGGGCCAACGUGGGUCGGCAGGGUCCAGGUUGAUUCGGAGCAGAGUGGAAGCACACCCAAGAAGGGACAAAAAGGCCCUUCGAGUACAAACACAAUCUCAAAACAGUUGGGACUCUGUACAAUGUAAAUAAAAACAAUGUGAUGAUUCACAAGUCUCACAAUAGGAAACAGAAAUCGUUUCAGAUGUUAAAACUGAGGAAAGUUACAAGAACCAAAGGUCAUUUUGGGUUUGAUGGCAGAGGUUGGGGUGGGCUGAGGUUCGUCUCCUGGUUAAACAGCUCCAGCAACAGCUGGAGGUUUCAGCUUCUCAGUAAUCCCGGCUCAUCGUGUGCCAGAUGUUUUCAGCUGCUGAAAGCAGGCGCUCCACUAUAGCUCCUGGACUCCCCGGCAACCACGGGGGCGUAGCUGGAAGAUGCAGGGCCUUCUCUUAGAACGGGGGUCGGCAACCCGCGGCUCUAGAGCCUCAUGUGGCUCUUAAGCGCCGCCCUAGUGGCUCCAUGGAGCUUUUUCAGAAAUGUUUGACCCUUUUUUUUUUUCUCCUUUCUCUUUUUUUUCUUCUUUUUCCUUUUUUCUCUUUUUUUCUUUUUUCUCUUUUUUUUCUUUUUUCCUUUUUUUAUUUCGACUUUUUUCUCGACAUUUCGACUUUUUUCUCCAAAUUCUGACUAUUUCCUCAACAUUUCGACUUUUUUCUCGACAUUUCGCCUUUCGCCAUUUGCCUUCAUGCUAAUACAAGACUUUUCUUUUUUUGCAGCUCCAGACAUAUUUGUUUUUUGUAUUUUUGGUCCAAUAUGGCCUUUCAACAUUUUGGGUUGCCGACCCCUGCCUUACAACUACAUCAUGGAUGGGUGCACGUGUUGCUCUGAAUCCUGUAUACAGCAAUUCCAAAAAGAACCCGUGAAGUAGCAACCUUUUCUUUUUUCUUUUUUUCUUUUUCAAAUUGCGGAGAUCAGCACCGUCCCACCGCGACCCGAGUAAUUAGAUUUGAACAGGAAAAUCAGUGCAGAAGGUUUUGUCGACAUUAUGGGUUUUGGAGAAAAUUUGCAAACUUAAAUUUGGCAAGCUGUUUUACGUACAUGUACAUAUUAAACCGUAACGUUAUUGACACACAGGAAGUGAAGAAGCGGGGAGACUGUUUAGCCAAUCAGAAUGCAGAACACAAUGCAAAUCUGUGAAGCAGCGAGACCUUGAAAGGUGAACCGCGUUACUUCAAGUUGAAGCUAGAAACACUGCAGUCAUGUGACUGUUGCACAAAGGAGCACAUGGCGUGAAGAUUACCCUGAAGACUUGAACAAUCCGCUUCUUGUUGGCAUAAAGAGUCCAGAGUGUGCCGUUGUUCCUUCUGAUCUGAGCCUCGUUCUUCUUCCUCCAUGUUAAUCGAUUGGGGGUCACUUUGCAGCCAGAUCACACCGAGCUGUGCCGCUCAGUGGGAUCGGGGCUCCUACCCAAGUCUGCACCGAGCUCAGGUCUCCUCCUUACCUGAGAACCAGAUCAACGUUCCUCCACCCCGUCAGUCCGGAGGGUUCGUGGUUUCAGGCCGGUUUCAGUCCAUUUUACCUGAGCUUUAGUCUCGUCUUCAGCCUCGUCCUGCACACAGAGACUCCCCCAGAUUCUGGGGGGGUCACGUACUACAGAUGAAGCGGGCGUCUGCUUUAUUCUGAGCGUGUUUUUUUUAAAGUUGUACGUGCAGUUUGGGGAGCCUCUUUUCACGCCCAGCUCUGCUUCUGACUGGUUGCUAAUGAACAGAAUAAUCUGCAGGUAUUUCCUGCUUUUCCAGCCCUUUCCAGCCUUUUAAGGAAGUGUUUCUGCCAUCAAAUUCAAAAUGAGCCAAUAUUUUUCAUAAAAUGGGAAAAUGAGACCUUAUAUUAAAUAAAUGAUGAAUUUACGAGGUUUGUAAAUCAUUACAUUUAAUUUUUUACACGCCGUUCCAACUUUUUGGGAUUAAUGAUUGUAACAGCCCCCUCCCCUCCAAAAAAAACAAACAUUUAGCCUGAAUGUAACUCAAAGCACCUACUUCUAACUUAUAUGCACACACUCAUACACAAUCACGUGGCCCUGGCUGCGACGGCGUUCGUAGUCUUUACGUGUGCCCUCCACAGCCUGCUGUCCCAGCAGACGAAGCUGCUCUUGUGUGGAGGGCAUUAACCCCCCCCCCCCCUAAACCCCCCUUGACCUUUGAGAGUUGGGAAACACGGAGCCAUGAGCCAUAAAGCUUGGCGUUCCACAUUUCAGUGUCUCCGUUCCGUGUUGCCAUUUUUCUUCCUGCCAUUUUUCAAUGUGACCCAAAUAAUUUAUUUAUUGUUUCUGCAUCUGAAUGUGGUGAGUUAGGUCAUUUCAAAAGGUCAAGUAAGACCUUUUUCUAAUGUUUUGAAGGUAAGUCCCCAGUGUGGUGUGUGUUUGCGUGAGCGCGCGUGUAUGUGUGUGUGUGUGUGUUUUGCAUACGUACUAAAGUGUGCAUGUAUUUCCCCGUUUGUAAGAGAAAGACUGAAGUAACUUUUGCCUGAUAGGAAGACGUCUCCUUUGCUCAAAAACGAGCUCAUAUUUGAUCCCGUCUAUCGUUGUCCGAUCUGGACUUCACUUGCAUCCGCCGCCGCGUGAGGAUGUGCCAAAGAGUCUGUUUACUUCCCUGUGUCGCCUCUGUACAAGCUGUUUACAUCGGACCUGAGGGUGCAAAGCUACGGCAGAACAACGGACUGAACCGGCGGGGUUUCUGGGCCCGCGCGGAGCUCCCCGGGGCUCGUGGGCCGGGCCUCCCGGGACUGACAUUACUGUAGGAUUCCUUUAGUCCAACUCGACAUGAACACAAACCAAACCAGAGUCUACGUAGGGCUUUUGAGGACGGACACACAUCUGAUGUUGGGUUGAUUGUCUUAUCUUUUGAUUUUCUUCUUCUUUUUUUUUUGUUUUUCAUAUCCAUCUACGAGUCAUAUGUUAAGUAAAGGGUCCAUGUAGGUUUGGCAGCCUUUUCUAAGUUUGUUCCGGCGUUGCUCAUGCUUGAAAUAUGACUGUUUGAUCCAAACGCUAGCCCAACCAUGUUAUGGAGUAUAGAUACUAACUAUAUUACUACAUAUACUUAAACAACUGCUGGUGCUGAUAGAGCUAUCAGCAGUUCUGUUAGCAGGGUAGUUAAAAAUAAGUGAUCUUACUUCCUUUUAUUGUGAUUUGAGUUCAAAUUUUGAUGCUAUGUAUUUGAAUUGCUCUGUGCAUUUCUGUAUUUGCAGUCCUGCAAGGUGAAUCUUUAGAGUAUUUUUUAUUUCCUUUGUAAGUUUCUCCGAGCUGAAACUUUGGUGCUGGUGAGAACGCUGCAGCCGUGGCUCUGGCGAGUGACCGGGAAAAACACGAGGAGGGUUCCGGCGACGCGGCGGUCACAUCCUGGUACACUAAAGACUGGAGUGAGGAGGGCUGAAAGGGGACCAAUGGAGAAGCUGGGACGACUUCUCCCCCUCUGCACUCGGUAUUCAAGGCUGCGCGUGCGCGGAUGUCCUGCAGACUGUACCGGCUCCGGCCCGGGCGGGUGCACUGGCCGGGCGGGCCGUGGGAGUGUCUGUGUGUGAACGAGUGUGUAGGAAUACAGUCAGACGACAGUGAGAGGGAAACAAAAGAAGAUGCAUUUGGGGAAUAAAAUGUACUGUACACAAAGGGUUAAGUUUUAAGUAAAUCAACUCCAGAAAGGAAAAUAAAUGUGAUUUCAAUUUCA